UCAGUCCCUUCACGUUAUUUUUAAGCGCGGUUUUAACACGAAUAUCUUGAUAACAAAUAAAAAUAUGUUUAAAACUUUGAGAAAAAUCGACGUUUCACUUCUAAUGCGAGCGGGAAGUGUUGCGAAACAUUUAUUCAUAAAUGGUUUCGUUUUUACAUACAAAAAGGAAAUUAAGAUAUGUUUUUAUUCGUUAAUUUUUUGUUACAUUUUGUAUAGGAAUGCAGACGCGUUCUACAACAACCAGUGUCUAAUUGAAAUGCCAUCAGACGCUACGAAAAUAUUCAGAGAGCCAGAAAAUUGCGAUUUUUGUACAAGCAUCACUAGCGUUAACAAAAUUUCGAAUAUAUCACCGAGCGAAUUCUACGACCAGUACACGAAGCUAGUCAAACCAGCAGUAGUAACAGACGCCACCGAAAACUGGCCGGCAUCCAAACGUUUCAACUUCAACUUCUUCAAGAAUUUAUACGAAAACGUAAAAUUAGACGAAAAUAUCGGAAAAAACUGUCAGUUCUUCCCGUACCAAACCGAAUUCAAAAGCUUAGCUGAAGUGUUCAGAAUGUCCGAGGCCAGAGCUAAUUUAAGACCCGGUGAAAAACCGUGGUACGUGGGUUGGAACAAUUGCAACGAUAAUGCCGGCAAAAUUUUAAGGCAGUACUACUCGAAGCCGUACUUCUUCGGGAACCAUUCGGAAAAUAUUGCCAUGAGUUGGAUAUUCAUGGGAGGGCCAGGAUACGGGGCACAGAUGCAUAUCGACAAUGUUCAUUAUCCAUCGUGGCAAGCUCAACUUAGUGGAAGAAAACUAUGGAAGUUAGCUCCGCCUUUAGAGUGCUGGAACGUCUGUCACAAAAUGGAAGUAGAAGUGGAGACUGGAGAAAUUAUUGUGGUUGACACUAAUCGUUGGUAUCAUCAAACAGUCGUCUUGCCUGGGGAAAUCAGCAUAACCAUUGGAUCAGAAUUCGAUUAAUGGUGUUAACUAUAAAUUAUUAGACUUUGAAGUUGUGUGUUCAUUUUCGAUGAAAAUAAAUAAUGUGCGCAAAUAACAGUUCUUUUAUUAUUAAUUUUUGUUGUAUUAAUUGUAUAGUAUUUGCAAAUGGUGACUUAAUUUUUUGUUCAUUUUCUGCAGGUUAUUUAUUAAUAAAAAUAACAAUUAUUUGGUCAGGAAAAAAUAAAAAUAAUAAAGAGUAUGGUAGGAAAUAAAACUGUAUUGAACAAAUAAUAAAAUCGUUAUUAUAAAAUGAACGUAAAACAUUUUCACGUAACUCUUCUUCUUCUUCUGUUAGUUUUUUGGCCUCC